CCCCCUGCACCGGAAGAGGAAGGCGGGCGGCAGCGCUUGGCCUGGCAGCGGCUUCGCGGCCUCCGCUCUGGUCACCGGGCCCGGCCUUGGCCCCGGAGGGGACCGGCAUUGCGUCCUCCGAGAGGCUCCGGUACCCGUCGGGCGCCGGAGAGGGCCUGGUAGCCCCGGAGAGGAUCCGGCUGCCCCAGGGGGAACCCGGCAGCCCCGCCCCGGGGGCGGGCGGGAUGGAGCUGGACGGGCUGCUGCUGGACGAGGAGGGCACCUUCUCCCUCAGCGGAUUCCAGGAGUUCACGUUCUUGCCCAGGCACCAGCAGCUGAGCGAGAGAGUGCGGAAGCGGCUCUAUUAUGGCUGGGAGAAAGACUGCAGCCUGGAUAAUCUCUCUAGCCCCGUGGCAGAUAUUGCCGUGGAGUUGCUGCAGAAAGUGGCUCCCAGCCCUAUCCGCAGACUCCAGAAGAAAUACGUGUCCCGUGUAUCUCGGGAAGCUUGCAUCUCACCCUGUUCCAUGAUGCUGGCGCUGGUUUACAUUGAGAGACUCCGGCACCGGAACCCAGAAUACCUCCAGCAGAUCUCAUCUUCAGACCUCUUUCUGAUCUCCAUGAUGGUGGCUAGUAAGUACCUGUAUGAUGAGGGUGAGGAGGAGGAGGUGUUCAACGACGAGUGGGGAGCAGCAGGGAAGGUGGAUGUCCAGACCAUGAACACACUGGAGAUGAACUUCCUAAGCGCCAUUGAUUGGAGUCUCUACACAGAUCCCCGGGAGCUGUUUGAAGUGCUGAGCUGGCUGGAAGGACGUGUGGCAGAAAGGCAGGGCAUGUGGCGUGGCUGGUUCACCUACACGGAUCUGUGUGUCCUCAUGGAGCAGUCCAUGUGGCAGCAUGUGCUGGGACAGUUCUACCAGCAAGUGGUGAAGCUGGCCUGCCUCCUGGGUGUGGUGUACCUGACCGGCUUUGCUGCCAUCUUCGCCUCUGUCACUGUGGUGCACCGGUCUGUGUGCGUGAGGAGCGUCAGCCCUGCAGGCCCCCGACCUGCGCUGUUCCCCGAGGAGGGCAGCUGCCAGCUGGAUGCCCAGCCAGCCCCAGCUCCAGAGCAGCCCCAGCCUGAGCUGCCUGACAUCGCCCUAGCCAGCAGCACCCAUUGCCUGGGAGAGAACAAGACAACCGAGGAGCCUCGUUGUGGGGGUGUGACGGCAACUGCGCUUUACCUGUGGAGCAGUGUGAUGACGGCUCUAUCCUACCCGAAGGUGCCUGACAAGCACCUCCCACCCCAACACAGGAGCCCCCUGCAAGGCCACUUCCAGAGAGUACCCACUGCCUGUGAGAGAUCUAACCGUACCGCCCCUGCUGCAGCCCCAGGCCAGCCUGGCCCCUUCGGACUUGCUGUGCUUCCAGCUUCUCCGGUGCUCCACUGCCAUGCCUGCUCUGCUGGUGUGGGCCCCACGUGGGAUGCAGCCCCCAACCGAAAGGACUGGCUGGACCCCCUGGGGCUGAGGCAGUGCUCCUUGCAUACUGCCAUGGAUCUCAGUAGAAUCAAGAGCUUCAUUUUUCCCAGCUAGAAGCAUGGGGCAGCAGCCCCUUGCCCCUUUCCUCCUAGUGUGACACAACUCACUUCUUGCACUUCUGGGACCCUGAUCCCUGGGGAUGCAUGGGGCUGGAGGCCCCUGCGUUAGUUCCAAACCAGCAUUUUUGUCUCCUCCACCCAGGGCAGGGGUGUCCUUCACUUUGGGGGCUGCUGGGACAGGUUGGGGCAGAGUUGACUUGCUGUUGGGGUGCUGGGGUGGGAACCUACUAGCUGGAGGGUAGAAAUGGGGUGCCCUUGGGCUGGGGUGCUAGGUCAGGAGGGUUGUUGUACCUCUUCCUACAGCAAGUGGGAUGGCCCUUGGUGGUGCUGGGCAGAGGUAGGUGGUGUGUGGGAUGUAGGAUGCUGGGGCUGUGUGUGGAGGGGCUGGGGCGGUGACCCCAGUGCGGGGUGGGGUGCCUGGCUUGGGGAAGAGGAGGCUGAAGGAGCCAGGGAGCGAGCAGCCUGAGCUGGCUGGCCAUAGCAGCAAUUCCCCUUGGAGGCCAGGCCACUUCUUGGGAGGCGCAAGGGUCACAGCAGAAGGGGACCCUAACGUCGCUGUGCCCCCGGGAAAGGUGGUACCCCAUUGGGCUUGGAGGUGGUAAAGUGUGGUUAAGGCUGAGCUUCCUUAUCCUGCUUGUGUUGGGUGUUUUUAAACUGCGGUGCUGCGUGAUCCCAUCCCAAACCCCAGCUGUCAGCGGCUGUGAGCAAACCGUGCCUGACUGCUCCUUGGGUGGGGGAGAAAGUACCUUGUCUUGCUGACCAGCCCGGCUCAUUGUGCCCCUUCUUUUUACUGUGGAUUUUACACCUGUUUUUCACUCUUUUGUAGAUGCAAAUCUCUUCCAAUAAAAGUAAUUCUUGCUGUGCA